UGACAAAGCAGGAAAUGAAACUCAACCAGAGCAAACCAACAACUUCUGUUUUCAUUUUCGUGACCAAACUGCAGGUGUGUCCGAGUUUUACCUGCUAGUUUAACAGCUACAGAUAUGGGUGAUUUUCCUGUAAACCCGCUGGUUUUGAUUGGUGUCGGGUCCAGCUUUGCCUUCUCUGGCCUAUUCUAUCAUCUAUACCAAGAAAAGAAAAAAGAGUUGGAAAAGCUGAAGGAAAUCCCCAUUUUCAAACCAGAUCAGCAUUUGGUCAGAGUACUAAGAGCAUCUCCCCACAAGCGACUUCAGUAUGUUGCUGUAGAAGGUCUGGUCCAGGCGGAUGGGGAGCCUCUGGCCAGCCAGUUUGUCCCACGAUGCUCCGGUGUGAUUCAGAGGAUAGCAGUCGAGGAACACUGGAAAUACUGGAACUCUUUCACCAAGACAUGGAAUUCUCGGACAGUGAACAGAAAAGAAACCAACAACUCUGUGCCUUUCAGUCUGGUCAGCCCUGGAGCCUUCUUCACGGACUUGUACGUGAAGAUUCAAAACCCUCUGGAGGCCUCUGGGUGCUACCUGGACAGGGUUUAUUUCAAAGUAAGACGUGCUGAGGAGGGCUCGGGGGAUUUAGUGAUGCAGGGCCUCAGCGGGGAGAAACCAGUUGCGAUGGAGGAGAGCGAGGAGCUGCUGCGUGUGGGGAGCACUCUGACUGGUUUCGGUGAGGUGGUGCUGGAGGGGGGCCAGGUGAUGAGGCUGCAGGCCCCGCAGAAUGGCCGCAAGUUCAUCCUGGUGCCCACUGACUACAGGAGCUUCAUGGACAGGCACGAGAGAUCAGUCAGCAUGUGGAAGACGCUGACUGCUGUUACUGGCAUCACAGGGGCUUCGCUUCUAGCCAAGGUCAUUUACUGCUUGGUGGGAAAACAGGAUGACGGGUCAAAGAAGGCUUGAAGACGUGUGGAUACUGCAGGGUUAAGGGCCUUAAAAAGCUGUGUCACAGCUUUUUGGUUGCCCCAUUACUGCCUCAGGUGUUUUAUUUUAGAUUUCAUGGCACUACCUUGAUGCUAACAUUAUUUGUCACUUGCCAUAUUGCAAGGUUAUAAAAAUGUGAGGGGCAAAAUACAACAGUAUUGGAUGCAACAUUAGACACGUAGAAAGCCCCAUGUUUUAGAAAGAGGAUUAAAUUAGAAAAUACAAAAAGAAACUUUCUUUACGAAAGGUAGCAACCACAAUUUUAGAUUACAAUUAGACAAAACCAAAGUUUAUUAUGUAUUUUCUAAACUGUUGAUUUCUAAUGCUAUUGUAUUAAAUAUUUAGUUGAAUUGUUUUAUCCAAUGUUCUGAUUGCAUGGACCACUCAAACUAAAGAUGUUUAAUCACUUGCCAAAAAUGUUAGUUUCUAUCUAUCUAAAUCCUACACCUCGUGAUGCGAGUGCUGGCAGAGUAGGGCACUUUAGUCUGAUAAAGACAAUAAUAAGGUCUAUAGGCCUAAAAGAGUUUGUACUGUAGAUGAAUGGAGCCUUGGUACAAGAUACAUUCCUGGUAGGUCUACUGGUGUACAGUAGCAUCUCAAGCUAUGACAAGUUGGCUUGAAACCUGAUAUUGCCUCUAGGCUACAGUAUCUCUGAUUUAUUUAGCGGUUAUUGGGUCAUUAUUAUAGGCAUUGCAAUUGAUUGAUCACCUGAGGAGCAGGCCUUCAAUGCUGGAUUUUGGAAAUUUAAAGCUACUUUGGCAAGGGAA